GACUUCCUAUUGCAAAGCAUGUUGGUACUUGUGUACACCUCUAAAUAAUGUAGCUAGGUUUUAGAGCCACCAGCAGUUAUUUUGUGUAAUUUCUUGAAAUUAUAUCGAUACUGCUACACAUCUAUAUGUACAAAACUCAUUGUCGAGCUGAAAUUCAACAAACAUCGGUAUGGCGGAGGGUGUCGGUAACGCAGUGAAUCUUCCCCCAGGAGAUCCGCAACUCAUCGGGCUCAUCGUGGAACAUCUCAAGAACCGAGGCCUGUUCGACGAGUUCCGCAGAGACUGCCUGGCAGAUGUGGAUACAAAGCCUGCCUACCAGAAUCUACGACAGAAAGUUGACAACUUCGUCUCUACUCAUUUGAACACUCAAGACUGGAACCCAUCAAUCAACAAAAAUCAAGUGCGAAAUGUGCUAAGACAAAGCGUCGUGCAGUCAGGUAUGCUGGAGUCCGGAGUGGACCGAAUCAUCACCCAGGUGGUGGAUCCCAAGCUUAACCACACCUUCAGGCCCCACAUUGAGGAAGCCAUUCACGACUUCCUGUCUGCUGAGAAGAAGGAAGAGGGACCAUCCAACACUCCAUCAGAGACAGAACAGCAAGAGGCUCCAAGCCACACUGGACCCAAAACACCAUUGAAUUUAAUACAACAACAAAACAAAAUAUUCAAAAUGCUAUUUUCUUUUUGGAGUGUAUUAGUGCGAAUGGAGAUGCUCUUUAAAUUGUCUUUGGCGGUUUUUCUUUGUAUAGCCUUUCAGCAAGUAAAGAUGACCGCUCCAAACGAACUUCACGAAACCCCUCAAGAGAAACAAUUGAACCAGCAGAAAAGACGACUCUCACUGCAAAACACAGCGGAGAUCCAGCACUGUCUGGUGAAUGCUGGGGAUGUGGGCUGUGGCAUGUUCGAAUGCUUCAACAACAACUCCUGUGAAAUACGAGGCCUACAUGAGAUCUGCGUGACAUUUCUGCACAACGCCGGCAAGUUUGACUCCCAGGGGAAGUCCUUCAUCAAGGAUGCCCUGAAGUGCAUGGCCCACAGCCUGAGGCACCGGUUCAGCUGUGUGAGCAGGAAGUGCCUGGCAGUGAAGGAGAUGAUGAUCCACCUGCAGAGAGAGUGCUACGUCAAACACGACCUUUGUUCUGCCAUCCAGGAGAACAUCAAAGUCAUGGUGGAGAUGAUCCACUUCCAGGACCUCUUCCCCAAAGGGACUCAUGUGGAGCUGGUGAACAUCCUACUGGGUUGUGGUGAGGAGGUGAGGAGGGCCGUAGCACAGAGAGUGAGGAUGCAGUGUGAGCAGAACUGGGGGGCCCUGUGUGACAGCCUGAGCCCAUGCUCCCUUGGUCGUUCAGAUGACCCCCAACACAUCACCGUCCCUCCCGCCUCUCUGCAUCCUGCUGGACAGCUCUUCCUCCCAGACAUUGAACAGGAGAAACCUAAGACGGGCCAGCUAGACAGGGGCUACCGCCACCCCUCUGUGAGUUUCAGUCAGGAGCCCCUGGACAACGCCACAGACCUUGGGCUUGCUGUGGCCAGUCACCCACCCAAUACCGCCAUCCAGGGGUGAAACACUGAGUGCAAUGUCUUUAGCCUGUAGACACAAUAGAGCAGCCCCUAACCCCUUUUCCCCCUCAAACAGCCCUACUACUGAUAACCUCAGUGGUUACAAACAAUGACAGAAAGGAAGAGUAAUGGUCCUGUACCAUGCGCCUCCAUUCAUACCCUGUCACCUUUACAAUUUAGGAGAGUAUGUGUGGUCAAAUAUAGAUUUGAGGCCAUGUACUUGUUUUUCAGUAGUAGUUCCUUUUGAUUUGUUUUAAUUACAGGUGCAAUGCAAAACAUUGUAAAAUAGCUUUCAUUUGAUUCCUUUUAAAAGUAAAUAGGUAUAUACAAUUUACAGUAUGACCAUUAUAUACAGAGCCAGUUAUCAAUAAUAUUUCAGUGAAGACGUAUGAGUGCUUGUCAUAAGCAAGGACUCUUGCAGAAGGUUUGAAGUUUUCCAUUUCUUAAAAUUGUGGCUGUAAUCUAGUUUUAGCUGGACACAACUUGGUACACACUCAAUGUAUUGAGACUGCGAGCUAUUGAUUUUUCUAGAUACUAUGUCUCUUUAAAGUACAUUUCCUAAUAUACUUAAACACCCACAUCUUGGAUGGCUGACUCCAGGUCAUAGAUUUCUAGGUAUCAGAAGAGGUAAAUAUAAUUAAAGUAAACUGCCUUUAUUACUAGGCUUUACCUGCUCUACCUAUUUAUACUGUCACUACUGAAAAACAUAUUUGUAGAGAUGAGUGCUUUUGCAAGCUCAACGUUUCUGUGGAAACAAUUCUUUUCUACUUUUAUUUGCAGCACAAAAGUGAACCGCACAAGGAUUUUUUUCAGUUGUAGGUCUAAGACAGGUUUACGUUCUCUUCCAACUCAGUAAUUGCACAUCAACUCUGCAGAGAAGUCCAUCUCUGGCACAUGAUGCAUUGUGCAUGAUCACUGAUUACAAGGAACAAGUGGCCUUCUACCACAAUCAGGAAAGUUCGUAACAAAUCUCACAAUAGUAACAACUCUGCAACAUGGUUAUGUAUGUUCACUCAAAGACAAACCUCAGGUCUCGUAACAAAACCAUGAGACCCAUAAUUUCUUGGUUAAAAUAUUAUGGGCCUUAGACUUCUCACUGAGGUCUUUGAUAAUAUGCAUGUAUCAAAUAGGGUCUACUGCAAUGUAUUUUUCAACUACAAAGUGUUUGUCACAGGAUGACUACAUAGUGUCUUGUCAGAACAUUGUGCCACUGACGGUUCAACAUUUUACUAGCUUUUGAUGCAAAUGGCUAGCUACAGUACAUCACAAAUGCUUGUUCUAACAUCAUUAGUACUCCAAGGAACCUACCUCACGCCAUGCCAGCUCUAGAGAUGUUUCAUACUGAACACAUUGAGGACAUUGACCUGGUAUGAAUACAACUCAGCUAUCUCACAUUCAUUUUUACAUGCAUUUUGUACAGUUGGCUUGUAUGUUAUUACCUAAUUGUAAUCAAAUGAAUGACUUCAUUCACUUUUACCUAUCGGGAAAUGAAGGUCUGUACUUGAAAAGGCAACUUAUUUCUUAUGAAGUUUGUACUCUGAUUCAAUGUCUGUAUUUAAACCUUUUUUUUUUUUAAAUGUAUUUAGAUUAUCUUAAGCUACGCAUAACAUUAGGCCUUGAUGCAAGCAAACCAUUUUAUACAUCUCUUGUUCUGUACUUUUGGACAUAAAACAUUUUUAAAUACUU